AGUAACAGCAAUAUACGACCAAAGAUGGCGCCCCACGUUUGUCUCUUAUGAGGAAAUGAUGUUAGAGAACAUAUUAAUUCACGUAUCUAGGCUGUUUUGCGAUAGUUUAUUGUGAAAGCAAGAUAUUACAUUUAUAUUUUCGCUAUUUACGUGUGAUAAUUGUAUUGUGCAAACCGCAAUGGCGAUGCAAGGUGGGACUGCACUUCAGGAGAAGGUCAGUCGGAUGUUGAGCAGAAAGCAUAAAAAGCCCGUUCUGAAACCCAACAAGCCGCUUGUUCUGAAAGAUGAGGUCGCCAACAGGAAAAUUAAGAAAGGGGAGGCCACAUGCGUCACAGAGAUGUCCAUGAUGAUGGCGUGCUGGAAGCAGAACAACUUCGUCGACACCCUCUGCUCCAAUGAAAUGCAGUCCUUCUAUAAGUGUGUUGAGAAAGCCCAGAUUGCAGUGAAAAACAAAUCAGAGCAACACACCAUCGGCCAGAGUGGACGCCUUCAACCCAAACAAGCUACUAUCCUGCUGAAAAGAUACCCCAACUUACACAUAGAAAUCUAGGACUACUCCCAGCCCUACUACUACGAUGUAUUAAUUGACAAUGGUUGAGGGCCAGAGAAUCUUAACCAUCCUCCCCACUGUCCUCUGUCAUCAUGCUUGGCCUUUGUGGCCAACUGAGGUCUCUGCUGGUUCUUACGGUAAAGAGGAAGUCUCUUAGAUCACAGAAACAUCACCAACGUUCCACGAAUGCCAGACAUGAUAAUCAACAAAGUGAAUUAUGUGGAUUUAUUGUGCUGCAGAUGCACUUCUUGUGAUUGCCAUGUUAAAUUGAGUACGCUGUUAUAGGUCAUCACAUAAAACAGUACCAUUAAAAUGGCUUCA